GAUUAAUCUUGUUUUGGUAAAUGAAGUUUAGGGAAGCUUUGCUGUAAAACAUUGAUUACUUUCACACAUGGAAGAGCAGUACAGUGUGGUUGAAAAAUUGAGAGCAGCAUGUUUUACCCACCAAAACUCAUCCUGGUGCCGGUGUUACUCAGUUACUUCUUGGGCCUGAAUGACUCGAUUGUUUCCUCCGUGGAGCUAACAGUCCACGUGGGUGAUUCAGCCCUGUUUGGAUGUAUUUUCCAGAGCACAGAAGAGAAACUUGUGACCAAGGUAGACUGGAUAUUCUCAUCAGGAGAGCACUUCAAGGAUGAUUACGUGCUCUUCUAUUAUGCCAACAUCAGUGUGCCUGUGGGGCGUUUCCAGAAUCGUGUGAGCUUGGUGGGGGACAUCUUACACCAUGACGGUUCUCUCCUGCUGCAAAAUGUGGAAGAGGCUGACCAGGGAAACUAUACCUGUGAAAUCCGCUUCAAAAUGGAGAGCCUGGUGUUCAAAAAAGCAGUGAUCCUGCAUGUACUACCAGAGGAGCCCAAAGAGCUCAUGGCUCAUGUGGGUGAUUCGACUCAGAUGGGAUGUGUUUUCCACAGCACAGAAGAGAAACACAUGACCAGGGUAGACUGGAUGUUCUCAUCAGGAGGGCACACCAAGGAGGAGAUUGUGUUGCGCUAUUACCCCAAACUCAAGGCAACCAUGGGAUACCCCCAGAACUGGGGCCGGUUCCAGAACCGUGUAAACCUGGUGGGGGACACUUCCCGCAACGAUGGCUCCAUUAUGCUCCACAGAGUGAAGGAGUCUGAUGGAGGAAGCUACACCUGCAGUAUCCACCUGGGGAACCUGACAGUCAGGAAAACCACUGUGCUGCACGUGAUCCUGAAAGAGCCUCGAACAUCGCUGACCUCAGUAACCCUCAGACCUGAGACCCUGGGCGGUAAUCAGCUGGUGAUCAUUGUGGGGAUUAUCUGCACCACUAUCCUGCUGCUUCCUGUUCUGAUAUUGAUUGUGAAGAGGACCUAUGGGAAUAAGAGUUCAGUAACUUCCACGACCUUGGUCAAAAGCCUGGAGAACACAAAGAAGGCAAAUCCAGAGAAACAUAUCUACUCCUCAAUAACCAUGCAAGAGGUGACUGAUGAAGAAUCAAGUGGGAAGUCAGAGGCCACCUACAUGACCAUGCACCCAGUUUGGCCUUCUCUGAGGUCAGCACCAACUAGCCCAUCUGACAAAAAGUCAGAUGGGGGAAUGCCAAGGACAGAGCAAGCCUUUUGAAAAGAAGGGGGAGUUCCCUUUGCCCUUGGCCGUGGCACAGACUCUCUUUCCCUGGCCGUGACACAGACUCUCGUUCCCUUGUGUCCUGAGUCCAUGUCAGACCCCCUGCCCUCCAAGUCCUCCUCCGGCCUCAUUGCUUGGGCAAAGGGCUGAAGAUGGAGGGCUUGAAGCUUGGCAGAGAGACGGGACAGCUCUGGGGGAACAGGCCCUGAUUAGGGGGAGCAUGGACUUGGUCCCUCUGGAGAGGGACACUGGCCCUGGGGACCCUGACUGAGCUGCCCCAGUGGCCGCAAGCAUCCCAUCAGGUCAGACCCUCUGCUUGGACGGUGCUCUUUGUGGAUGGUUACAGGGAAGAAUCACAGAGAUAAAAAGCAACCCAAAUGAUUUCUUUGGCCAAUUAUCCCUAAAUAAAUGCAGUCUGUGGAAAUCA